CAGCUUGGGGCGGUGCCAUGGACAGCCUUUCAGUUUCGUUUCUCGCAGACUGGUGGGUGUGUCGGCGGUGCAGCCAUGGCAAAAGCUAAGGAAGAAUUUGGAGGGUCUUCCAGCUUAGAAGAUGAACUCAGCUGUCCCAUCUGCCUGUCCCUGUACAGGAACCCCAUGUCACUCAGCUGUGGUCACAGCUUCUGCAAGCAGUGUAUCCAGAAGGCGCUCGGUGCCCAGCAGCAGGCCAAGGCCUCCUACUCCUGCCCGCUAUGCAAGGUCGAGCUGGGGCCCAUCCUGGAGCUGCAAAAUAACUUCCAUCUGUGCAGCAUCGUGGAGACAUACCUGGCCAAGAAAGGGAAGCAGGAUGAGGGCUUUGCAACAGAGAAAGGAGAGAUGGUUCCCUGUGACUUAUGCCUUGACAAGCCCCAGCCGGCUGUGAAGAUGUGCCUGAUCUGCGAUGCCUCCUUGUGCCAGGCCCACCUGGACAAACACAGCGCCAGGGCCUCCCAGAGGGACCACGUCCUGGUGGAGGUGGGCAUGGGUGGCUUGACAGAGGAGAGGAGGUGCCAGGAGCACGGCAAGGUCCUGGAGUAUUUCUGCCAGGACGAGAGGCUGUUCAUCUGCGUGCUGUGCUCCAUCGCGGGGUGCCACAAGGGCCACAGGAUCCUCACCCUGAAGGAGGCCCAUGACAAGAAGCUGGAUGACCUCUCUUGCACUAUGGAUAGGCUGCAGGGAUACAGAAGUGAUUUAUCCGCCGCCCUUGAGGAGCUUCAGCGCAACAAGAAUCAGAUCAAGACCAACACGGAAAGAGUGACUUCUCAGGUGGGAAAGCUGUUUGAAGAGAUAAAGACACAUAUAGAUAAGAAAGAGAAGAAGAUCUUCAGUGAUAUUCAAGCCUGUGAGAAAUCACAACUAGCAGAAUUUGCCAAACUGGAGAAAGAGAUGGAACAAAAGAGAGAUGAGAUUGUGCAGCAUCUUCAGUCCUUGCAGAAGAUAAGAGAACAACCAAACACUUUCCAUCUCUUCAAAGAAUUUAAACUGGUGCUGGACAGGAUUUCGAGUAACAAGAUCAGGAUCCGUGAGAUGCACGUGCCGGCGGUGCAGCUGAAUCAGGCCAAUAUCAACAGCUUCCAGACAGUGAUGUGGGACUGCUUGUCCCGCCUGGAUAUGCAGCUGCAAGCUGUGCACAGACUGCUCAUUAACCAGAUUAACUGGGACAGUGGGGACCCAGCUGCUGGUAGCAGUUCAAACAACACAUCUAGGAAGUCACACAAAUACAACGCCGCCUUCAUUUCCUAACUAGAAUAGAUGGAGAUCACAAGAGGCAGGUGGUAUAGUAUAAAACCAACUGAAAGGAUGAAGAUGUGAACAAAGUGAAUGGUAUACAUAUUCCUGGAAGUAUGGGAGAUGCCAAAAAAUUCAGAAGAGAGAGAGAAAGAACAAGUUAGAGAUUGUCAAAAAUGUUCUUUAAUUCCAGGUACCUGCUAAGUGUCUUGGCUUUCCAUAUGAACCUCCUCUUAGAAGCAAUUCUGUAGCACUUGCAAAUUUUGAAAAGAAUCAAGAAUUAACAUGAACACAAGAAAAUCUCCAACUAUGUAUUUUGUAGUACUAAUGAUACUUGUGUCCUAUUAAUUGUGGUGACUAGGCUGUCAUUGUAUGGUUGGAAAACUAAAUAAACACUGGUCUCCACUUUCACACUCCAA